CGUCGGUCUCCAUAGCGAACAGCAGGAGAAGCGUAGUGUGCGUGGGUGGAGGCACUCAUACCCUUUGUCGCACUAUCUGUACUUCUUGAGCCAGAGGAGAGAGAUGAAGUACGUAUUGGUGACGGGGGGAGUGGUGAGCGGGCUGGGGAAAGGGGUGACGGCCAGCAGCAUCGGCGUCGUCCUCAAGGCCUGCGGCCUCCGCGUCACCUCCAUAAAAAUCGAUCCUUAUCUGAACACUGACGCUGGGACUAUGUCCCCCUUUGAGCAUGGGGAAGUCUUUGUCUUAGAUGAUGGCGGUGAGGUGGAUUUGGAUCUAGGAAACUACGAACGUUUCCUUGAUAUCAAGUUAACUCGUGACAACAAUAUCACAACUGGGAAAAUCUAUCAGUCCGUCAUCCAGAAGGAGAGGAGAGGAGACUAUCUGGGGAAAACAGUUCAGGUCGUGCCUCAUAUCACGGAUGCCAUACAAGAGUGGAUUGAACGUGUAGCGAUGAUUCCUGUGGACGGCCAAGAAGGACCAGCUGAUGUUUGUGUUAUAGAAUUGGGUGGAACUAUAGGGGAUAUUGAAUCGAUGCCAUUCAUAGAAGCUUUGGGUCAAUUCUCUUACCGUGUGGGACCUGGUAACUUCUGUCUGGUUCAUGUCAGUCUUGUACCAGUUCUUAAGGCAGUUGGGGAGCCGAAAACCAAGCCAACCCAACAUAGUGUUAGGGGAUUGCGAGGACUCGGGCUGACACCAAAUAUUCUAGCCUGCCGCAGUGAGAAGCCACUUGAUGUAAAUGUUAAAGAAAAACUUUCACAAUUUUGUCAUGUACCGGUAGCCAAUAUUAUUACUCUACAUGAUGUUACAAACAUUUGGCACAUUCCUUUGUUAUUGAGGGAGCAAAAGGCACAUGAAGCUCUUCUGAAACUAUUGAACCUUCAAGGACGUGCUAAGGAACACAUGCUGGAAGAAUGGAUGAGUAGAGCUAAACUCUGUGAUACAUUGCAUGAUCCUGUCAGGAUUGCUAUGGUAGGAAAAUAUACUGGUUUUUCUGAUUCUUACCUCUCCGUAUUGAAGGCUCUUUUGCAUGCUUCUGUUGCUUGCCGGAAAAAACUUGUCGUGGACUGGGUCCCAUCAUCUGAUCUUGAAGAAACAACUGCAAAAGAGGUGCCUGAAUCUUACAAAGCAGCGUGGAAACUAUUGAAGGGUGCAGAUGGCAUACUAGUCCCAGGAGGUUUUGGGGACAGAGGGGUUAAGGGAAAAAUCCUUGCAGCUAAAUACGCCCGUGAAAACAAAGUUCCAUAUCUAGGAAUUUGUCUUGGUAUGCAGAUUGCUGUCAUUGAAUUCGCUCGAUCUGUUAUGAAUUUGAGGGAGGCAAAUAGCAUAGAGUUCGAUCCUGAUACAACCACUUCAGUUGUUAUUUUUAUGCCAGAGGGUUCCAAAACACAUAUGGGAGGAACAAUGAGAGUUGGAGUAAGAAGGACGUAUUUUGUAUCUGGUGAUUCCAAAUCUGCAAAGUUGUAUGGCAAUGUCAGAUUUGUGGAUGAACGACAUCGACAUAGAUAUGAGGUUAAUCCUAGUAUGGUCCCAGAAUUCGAAAGAGCUGGUCUUGCUUUUGUUGGUAAAGAUGAGACAGGAAAACGAAUGGAGAUUAUUGAGCUGCCUUCUCAUCCUUAUUUUGUUGGUGUGCAAUUUCACCCGGAAUUCAAGUCUAGACCUGGAAAACCCUCUGCUGUUUUCUUAGGACUCAUAGCAGCAUCUUGUGGUCAGCUGGAUGCUUGGCUGCAAGCUUCUGUUCAUGCUUCAAGCAACGGUAUCGUGACCCCGAAAAAGAUCUACCAUAAUGGGAGCCUGAAGAAGCCUUCAAAGAGCCUACUAACCAACGGAAAACUCCAUGCGAAUGGCACCGGCAUGCACGCCUAGCACGUAGGCUUCUUAACUGGGGUGCUAUGCCUUCAUGUUUCAUGUCAAUUUUGUUCUUCCAUAGAUGGAUUUGUGCUGUACAGUAAACCAAGAAGGGGAAAAAGAUUUACCAUGUCGCUUGUUCCGACGUUUUACAAGGAACAGCAGAGUGUUCAUGCAAGCAGCAAGUUUUUAAGGUCUUCUUCUUAGUACUCUUCAUUUCUUGUAAGAAAUGCUUUCGUGGAGAGGGACUGCGGUGCUUGAUAUGUAAAUUAAGAGUAGCUUAUUUGAGCAGAUGAUUCCUUUGUCUAAUCCUACUGAGGACUGUUGUAUGACAUUGUAAGAUUCGAUGAUAGUGAUGUUUGCCUACUGUCGGUAUAUAA